UUCUACUGGGAAGAACAGAGGCUGGCAUGGAGCAGGGAAAGGGUCUGAUGGGCCUCGUCCUUGCAAUCUUUCUUCUUCAAGGUAUCAUGGCCCAAUCAAAACAAGGAAAUGAUUUGGUAAGAGUGGAUGACAAUCAAGAAGAUGGCUCAGUACUUCUGACUUGUGACAUGAAAGAAAAUAAUAUCACCUGGCUUAAAGGGACUAGAAUAAGUUCUUCAAAUGAAAUAAGAAAAACAUGGAAUCUGGGAAGUAGUACCAAAGACCCUCGAGGCAUAUAUCAGUGUAAAGGAUCAAAGCACAAGUCACAGCCACUCCAAGUGUUUUACAGAAUGUGUGAGAACUGCAUUGAGCUAAAUGUAGCCACCAUGUCUGGCUUUGUCUUCGCUGAAAUCAUCAGCAUUUUUUUCCUUGCUGUUGGAGUCUACUUCAUUGCUGGACAGGAUGGAGUUCACCAGUCAAGAGCUUCAGACAAGCAGACGCUGUUGCCCAAUGAUCAGCUCUACCAGCCCCUUAAGGAUCGAGAAGAUGAGCAGUACAGCCACCUCCAGGGAAAUCAACUGAGGAAGAAGUGAUCCCCCUUCCAUCCAGUACUCAGAAUCAAAACAAUUUGGAGAGCUCCUGGUAGAGAGAUUUUUAGUCCUGAAUGUAGACUCAGGGUCUGCAGAGGUGGCAAGAAGGGAGGAAGAGCCGGCAGAGCAAUUUUGGGGUGUUUUUUAUAAAAUAAAAGUCGGAACUGAGGACGUGUAGUUCAGUAGUAGAGCACUUGCCAAGCUUGCAUGAAUUCAGCCCCAGGGUUAGAUUCCCAGCACCCCACCCCCAGACCCCACCCCCGGGGGUUUGGGGGGCGGGGGGAAGCAGCGAAGGGAAAACAAGAUCGGCAUGAUGUCUCGGGAGCGCCACCUAUUGGGGAAAAUUG